UUUUUGUACUGUGCCCAGUUCAAUUGGGGCCCAGUCUUGAUUGUUUUGUAACACAAAUAAUACGGCAAUAACAGCUAAAUGUUAAACUGACAGAAGGAAUCCAGUUAUAAGCACAAUAGUUACAGUACAGGCUUUGGGUGGGGUUAAAAUCGCUAUCCUUAUUAAGUAGUUAGGUUGCAAUUUCACUCUGACUCUAGUGGACUGAAGGGCAGUUUCAUUUUUUAAAAAUCUGGUUUAUUUCAGACACUAGUACAGAGAUGGGCAACAAAAAUAACCGGCCUGUGGUAAUUCUGCUGGGGUGGGCUGGCUGCCGUGAUAAACACCUGGUGAAAUACAGCACCAUCUACCAUCAGAAGGGGUGCACAGUUCUCCGCUACACAGCUCCAUGGAAGAUGACGUUUUUCGCAGAAUCCUUUGGCAUCCAGUCCCUCCGGACCCCAGCUAGGAAGCUGCUGGAGCUGCUCUUUGACUAUAAAAUUGAAAAGAAACCCCUGCUGUUUCACGUGUUCAGCAAUGGCGGGGUCAUGCUUUACCGCUACAUCCUAGAGCUCAUCCACACGCACAGGCAAUUCAGCAGCCUCAAGGUGGUGGGCACCGUUUUUGAUAGUGCCCCCGGCAGAAGAAACAUGGUGGGGAGCCUGCGUGCCUUGGCAGCUGUCUUGGGCUCCACUAACGUGCUGCUCAAGUAUUGCCUCCUGCUUGUCUUCGCCAUCCUGGUGGUGGUGCUGCGGAUCUUGCUGCAUCCAGUGACUCGCUUCUUCCAUGAGACCCAUUAUGAUGCCCUGCUGAAUGGGCCUUCGAGGUGGCCCGAGCUCUACCUCUACUCCAAGGGUGACCGGAUCAUCCUGGCCAGUGACGUAGAGCACAUGAUUGAGGCCCGGCGGCAGCACAAUGUUGCAGUGAGAGCUGUGGACUUCUCAGACUCUGCUCAUGUCAGCCACUUGCUGGCAUAUCCCUCGUAUUACAUGAGCCUCUGCACCUCUUUCAUGUAUGACUGCGUUGGAUGCUCGUAGGUUUCACCCCGGCAGAGGUAGCAAGUGCCUGUGUAAAGACCCCCAGCAGAUGCACCCUCUUCACUGGGAUCACACCGGAAACAAACUGCUCUCUCUCUAUCUCUCUGCCUCUCUUUCGUCAACAUCUCUCUGCUUACAAUAAAAUCCUGAUCCCAACAUCCUUCCCCAGAGUGUGGAGGCACAGAAUUGCUGAUUUCUCGGCAUCCAGUACACAGCUGGAUGUCUGAAGCCUCCAAAUCGGUUGUUGGGCUGGGCAGAAGUGAGGGUGCUAAGUAGAGCCAAGAGAGUCUAAAUGAAUAUAACUUACCUGAUGGGGUAAAAUGCUGACCCCACUGAAGUCAAUGGGAGGUUUGCCAGGGGUGGAAUUUCACCAUAGGAGGCCAGAGAAAGGAGUGAAUUACUGACUGGAGGAGCACUGCAUCCCCCUUUUUAUACCCGCUUCCUCUUUCCCUGCUGCCCUCCACUUCGUAGUCCCUGGUGUACAACUUACAUCACCAUCCACAUCCACUCUCCGUCUUGUUACACUGGAGCAAUUCUGUGACCCAGAGCUCUCCAAUUAGCCUAGGUUUUGGGUUUUUUCUCUGCUGCUUCCUCCGGCCCACUGUUGAGUCAGCUGAAGCUCUGCAGUGUCCUCUCAUUCUCCCACUCCCCACCCCACCCUUCUAUUUACACUCCUCCGGGCUCAGCCCUGCAUAUAGUCCCAUUGAGGAGGACAGAAUGAGACUCUUGGCAGAGUCUUUAAUAGGGCAGACCAAUGCAGGUCCCUCCCUCCCUAUCCCUGCCCUCAGGGCAUUGCCCCUCAGCCCUACUCCUAGCUGGAGAUCAGCUACAGGAAUCAAACGCAGGGUCUCCGAAAGGGCAGUGCAGGUAACCGCGACCCAAUGUGUCAGCCUGGUUCUGUUUAACAGGGCUGGGGCAGAAUGGCCAAAGGGCUGCUUCCUUACUGGAUGGCUCAAACCCCCGUAGGUGAGUUAAUUUAAAGCUUUAUCUGUGAAAUAUCUAACACGUCUCAGUGUCUGGUCUUUGUUCCUCUCCCCUGAUGCUUCCCUCUCAUUGCUGAAAUCGUUGGGUGAAUAGCUGUGCUUCCCUGGGUAGAUUUACCGGUCUGUUAAGGUGUGUGUCUAGGAGUGCAGGGAGGUCACUUUGGGUAUCUGUAACCCCGCGUUCUAUCUCCCCUCCUGGGCCCAAAUUUCCUGGGUCUUUCAGAAAGUGCCUUCUCUCUGAUCCUCUAGGGGAGAGCCUUCAUUACCAACUAGCCUCAUUUGUCACAUUCCAGAAGACUUGUUGACUAAUCUACACACGCAGACACUUCAAAGUGUGUUGCUUACUCCCUGUACAGACGUGUUUGAUGGGAUGAGCCAAGCUAGCAAACACACUGUUGUUCGGGUUUUCCUCUGUGGAGGGGGAGUGAGGGGUUAAAGUAGGGGAAGGGCUAUCCUAUAAUUUACCAAGGCUGAAUUGGUUGAAUUCUAACUGAUCUGACUUUCCGUGUGUUCAUGGAUCCUGAUUUUUUGGGGAGGGCGGGGGGUAGAUUGAAAGCCUGCCACUUUCCAGUGCAGCAUGAUUUAAUCUGGGGCCUCUGAAAUGAUGCUAGUCCCCCGAAGGAUCCAGUGCCUUGUGAACACCUGUACAGCUGGCUGAGGACACAGUAGGUCCCUGUGGUUUUCUGUGCAGCCUCCCCUCCUG